AUGACUCACGACAUCCAUCAGCGUGUGAUUAGCUGGUCAGACGAGUCUCAGACUGAAGCUGAUGUGUUCAUGUUGGUGUUCGCUCUGACUCCUACAGGUGCCAGAUGCUAUCGCGCCCCUGUGGACCCGCACCAUCGAGGUUCUUAUGCCAGCGGCUGCGACACUAACAGUAUUUUACCCCCCCCUGCAGACUACGGCUGGCCGCUGCCCUCUGACUUUUGUCCCAUCUGGAUCUACCUGGACGUCCUGUUCUCCACGGCGUCCAUCAUGCACCUCUGCGCCAUCUCUCUGGAUCGAUACAUCGGGAUACGAAACCCGAUCCACCACAGCCGCUUCAACUCCCACACCAAGGCCCGCAUGAAGAUCAUGGCGGUUUGGACCAUCUCCGUGGGGAUCUCCAUGCCGAUCCCCGUGCUGGGACUCAGAGACCACUCCAAGGUCUUCAAAGAUGGCAGCUGCCUGCUGACGGAUAACAACUUUGUGCUGGUCGGCUCCUUCGUGGCCUUCUUCGUGCCGCUCACCAUCAUGGUCGUCACCUACUUCCUGACCAUCAAAGCCCUGCAGAACGAGGCCACGCUGUGCUUGGACCAGCUGGUCCCGCGGCCCAAAUGGAGCACGACGUUCACCUUGAGCUUUUUACCGCAAACCUCGCUGUCCUCCGAGAAGCUCUUCAGACGCUCGAUUAGUCGCGAGGCCGGCGGCAGAAGAAGCAGUGGUGGCCUGGGAGGUGCCCGCGGGAGCAUCUCCGGCUCCAUGUUCGGACGCCGCACCAUGCAGUCCAUCAGCAAUGAGCAGAAGGCGUCCAAGGUCCUCGGGGUGGUGUUUUUUCUCUUUGUGGUCAUGUGGUGCCCGUUUUUCAUCACAAACGUGUUGGUGGUGGUGUGUGAUCCGGCGGUGUGCGACGCAGGACUCAUGGGAGGCCUGCUCAAUGUUUUCGUGUGGGUCGGAUACUUGUCCUCCGCAGUCAACCCGCUGGUCUACACACUGUUUAACAAAACGUACCGAGCUGCGUUCCAGCGCUACGUUCGCUGCCAGUACCAGCCGGAGAAGAAGCCUCUGCAGCUCAUCCUGGUGAACACCAUCCCGCCGCUGGCCUUCAGCUCCAGCCAGCUGCCCCUCGGCGACAUCGGGAAGUUUCGAAAUGGAAUGGCGCACUCUGGUGGCGGCGAAAUUAAGGACUUCUCCUUGUGUCGGCCGGAAAAAAGUCACGCAGUCAAAGACGAGAGCUGCGUGUGAAUGAAACCUGCUUCAAGGUCGAUGCUGCGCAAAUCACGGAUUAAAUAAAAACCUUUAAAUGUGGUCACGUCAGACUUACAUACAGCGAAGGGUUCGAGUUUUAAAGUGCCAAAGACAAAGUGCCUCCAGUCAUGAUUUAAGAAACAAGAAUAAACUUUUACAUUUCAGUGAAUUCUAAACAUUUUCAGAGCGACUUGAGUCCUGAGAUUUAUUCAGCGUCUGAUUAACCAUAAGUUUGUGAGUUCCUUAUUAGAACAAAUACACCUUUUGAUGACACAAAAAUAAUGUCAAUCAGUGCAAGAGUCACGGAUUAUAACAUCAGUCAGAGUCUGAGCGCCUCCUCCACACUGCCAGCUGAUGGAAUCACUCUUGGAAAACAUAUCGCUUUAUUUUUCCCUUUUCUUUCUUCAACGAUCAACAAGAAGGACGAGUCGUAUACAUGAUGUGAGAUGAUGGACGAAUACAAAGUGACAGAAUUGACCCAUGUUGUAACUCCUUCAUUUGUCACGGAUGUUCAGCUGCAGUGACCUCAGCCAGCCAGGUGAUCUCCAUCUCCCAUCAACCCUUGAGGUGGAUCAGCAGGGAUCAGAUUUCCUGCGACUUUAUCUUUACGUCAGUCGGAGAGCGAGACCGGAGGAGACGAUACACUGGGACUCCAGACUCUCAGAUGAAAUAAGGAGGAUAAUUAUUAUGUCUGCAAACAGAUGCUCAUUAAAUGUUACAGAGAGACAACGUGAAUAAAUCUAUAUUUGUAUUUUGUGCAGGUAUAUGUGAAUAAAUGUAUAAGAUUGUUGAUGUUUAAAAAGUUUAGUUUUGGACGUUAUUGUCACUGACACAGUGUGAAGAUUGUAAAAUGAGAUUGGCAGAGAAGGAAGAGGAUCUAACUGCAGAUGUGUCCAUCAUGUGUUCUUCUCACCAGAUCAAACAUCUGCAUUUGUUUUCCAGAAACUUUGAGGUUUUUGUUUAAAUAUUUGUUUUAAAAAGUGGAUGUGAGAGAAUCACCUGGAGGAUGAAUGCAUGAAGGUAACUAUGGAUGCACUAAACGCAUUUUAGAUUAUUUAUGACUGAAAACAAGGCCAAAGAAAAAACACAAACUCUGAAACCAGUUCAGCAAAAACUGAAUCUGCAGAAGUAAAGGAUUGUGAACAAACAAACUUAUGUUUACAUUUACUCACAAACAAGAAAGUUGAGAACGAUCGCGGACUCAUACGCCAUUUAAAAAAUAUACUUUGUUUGUUUACAGUCUUAUUCUUCUUGACGGAAUUUGUUUAUAACAACAUGGAGGGCGAAGUGUCAGGUAUAAUAAUAUAAUAAAUUCAAAUAAUAAUUAUUGACAGGUUCAUAUAUUUAUCCUGUUUACACGUAGGAGGCACAGAGACCGAUUUAUCUUUGCUAAUAAUAUGAUGCUUUCAUGUUAAUGUGUAUUUUCAGACACAAUUUAAUUUAAAAAAACAAUAAUGUGCUGCAAGAAGCACAUAUGGACCAGUGUGUUGGACACAUUCAAUUUAAAAUACUUCAUUAGUCCCUCGCGGGGAUUCAAGACAAGCGAGCCUGCAAACAGAAACACACUCGGACGAUUCAUUUGCACACAAAAAAACAUAAAAAUACAAGAAUUAAAAACAUGGAAUAACUGCAGCAACAUCAGUCAAAAGUUGUCUGACGGCUUCUGGAAUAAAACCAAACUUCCUUGUAUUUGUUCCACAUUUGUUGGUCUUGCAGCUGCUUGUAGAUGUAAAGCAGCAAAUAAACAAAAAAGUAAAAAGCAACGAAACGUAGAUCGAACUGGAAAUGAAUGUGGACUGAAAGUUGAAUGUAAAGACAUCGUGAUAUAUUUAAUGAGUAGUUUAAUGUUCGCUGAUGUUUCCUCUCUGUCAGGUUCUGAUCAGCGUGAUGAGUUAAAUAUUCAUCUGGAACAUAUUGUAGAAGGUUUUUUAUUUUACGAGCGUAAUAAUCUUCUUAAACACGUUUGUUUAAAUGUUACACUUUAAACUGAAGCUGCAGCUCGCUCAGGGCAACAGAGAGAUGACCGCUGCACUAAACGUCGAGCAGAGACAGGAAGUUAUCAUGAGAGACAGGAAGUUAUCAUCAGAGACAGGAAGUUAUCAUCAGACACAGAAAGUUAUCAUCAGAGACAGGAAGUUAUCAUCAGACACAGAAAGUUAUCAUCAGAGACAGGAAGUUAUCAUCAGAGACAGGAAGUUAUCAUCAGAGACAGGAAGUUAUCAUCAGAGACAGGACGUUAUCAUCAGAGACAGGAAGUUAUCAUCAGAGACAGGACGUUAUCAUCAGAGACAGGAAGUUAUCAUCAGACACAGAAAGUUAUCAUCAGAGACAGGAAGUUAUCAUGAGAGACAGGAAGUUAUCAUCAGAGACAGGAAGUUAUCAUGAGAGACAGGAA